CUGUUAACUCGGGACAUAUGAUACGAUCAGAUUUGCCAAGAGGAUGGGAAGAGGGCUUCACGGACGAGGGAGCCAGCUACUUCAUCAAACAGUCGAGCAGGUUGACCAGUCAGAGCUGGAGCAGGAGUCAGAGCAGAAACAAGGCAGGGGAGAUGCCAGAGCCGGGAUGGGAACCUGCUGUUGUAGCUGCCUGCCCCUUGGCCGGGGGACUGACUCGGCUGAUCAUGAAAUAGAGCUGGUUACUGAGCUGGAACCCUCCAGUUUGGAGAGCAAGGAGAGGCAGAUUGAGAAAAGCACCCUGAGCCAGCUACUCAGCUGUAGUCUGUCCUCCAUCCUCCAUCCUCCAUCCCUGUCUCCCUGGCUGACUGGGAUGUGAUCUGAUAAAGAGGGCUCAGGGUGAGACGGAAGGCUCUGGUUGCAGUCAGAGACCAAGCACACCUACCUGCAUAGCACUGUGCACUGUGUUAAAACAAGAGAACAGCAAAGGACUCUACUUACUGUCCGUCUUCAAGCUUAGGACAGAAUUGGAUGUUUGAAGCUUUUGAAUUGGAUUUACUGCUUUCCACCUCUGAUCAUUUACUGUGUGAGUGCCUUCUUCGACUCCUGGGGUAUGCUAACGAGAUGUGAAGGAGAGCAUAGAUCGAUGAGAAAGAGCAGCAGAGGAUGAAACUCAGGGGACGAGGACAACAGCAGCUGGAUGCAUUACCUGCAAUUUGGUGCAUGUGUGUGUGUGUGCAGUAAUUACCUCACUCUUCCUUUCUCGCUGUGCAUGCUGUGCAUUGCCUGCAUGACUGCAGAGAGAAUGGAGCAGAGAGGGCGUCCAGUUCAGGGAAGUGCUCUGACGGCACAGCACUGCUGAGGAACGCAUACAUUAGAAGAAAGCAGAGGAGAGGAGACAGUCCACUGACUGCAUGUAUUUUUAGCUCCACCUCGGCAGCAUAACACAGGAGAAGUGGGAAGGAGGAUGUUUUGAAUGAAUCAACGCCACGGUGCUCAGCAGAGGACGUCAGCAACAGCGGUACUACCAGCUGAGAGGAGUACACACACACAGUCACCACUGAGAAGAGCACAGCGGAGCACAGCAAAUCACAGACCUGCGGCUAACAUGUUGGGCCAACCAGGACAGUCCUUACACUUCCCUUACAAGAGGCAGCAAGUGUAUCGUGCGACUCACAGCCACAACCUGAGGGCUACAUCAUUUCGGCACCCUGUGACCGGACAGAUUUCCCCCGAAAACACAGAAUACACACUACAAGACAGGAUAGAAUCCCACAUGUCCAAGUCAGCGGCCAAUCAGAGAUCCCCCAGCAUGGUCAGAGAGUCCUCCAAGGCGGUGACCUCAACAGCAGCGGAUCCCACCUCAGGGUCAAAGGGCUCCAGGGGUGCGGGGAAAGUACACAGUUUUGGCAAAAGGGAUCACGCUAUUAAAAGAAACCUCAACAUCCCAGUGGUGGUGAGAGGCUGGCUCUAUAAACAGGACAGCUCUGGAAUGCGACUGUGGAAACGGAAGUGGUUUGUUUUGUCAGACUACUGCUUGUUUUACUACAAAGACAGCCGAGAGGAGACAGUGCUCGGUAGCAUCCCUCUGCCCAGUUAUGUCAUUGCACCAAUUGAGCCUGAUGACCACAUAAACCGCAAAUAUGCUUUCAAGGCGAGCCAUACAGGAAUGCGCUCCUACAUUUACAAUAAGAACUCUGUGAUUGGCUCGCAGGCAGAACACUGCGGGAUGCGGACAUAUUUCUUCAGUGCGGACACACAGGAGGACAUGAAUGGCUGGAUCCGGGCCAUGAACCAGGCUGCGCUGAUGCAGCAGAGUCACAGCAUAAAGAGAGAGGUGGAGAAGCCAGGGAAGGCUGUACCGCAGGCAGUUCCCCAGACAAAUCAUGUCCACAUCAACCAGAACUCGUCUCAAUCAGAAAGCCAUCGGAGGACAGACAGAGAGGAAAUUCAGGAUAAUGGUAUCCGACUGGCUCAUGGAGACGAAGUGAGGUAUGGAUUGGAGAUCCAAGGAAGGCCCAGCCAGCCAGCCACAACGGAAAGGGUAGAGAGACUUUCUCCAGAGUCUGCUGAUGGUAUAACCCACAAGAACGGCCAGCAGACUGUAAUCCAAGUGACUCUGCCACCAGAACAGAAUGGAAAUCUCGUCUAUCAGAGGGGUUUUGUUUCCCGGGCAGACACUGAGAAACACGUACAGAGGAAGAAUACACUGGCUCAGGUGGAGCAGUGGGUCAAAGUUCAAAAAGGGGACCCGCCGAAGAGUUCUCCCCCUGCGGAGUACAACCUCCCUCGGCGGACUCCUCCCUUAAAGCCCAAAGCCAGCACAGCGGAUGUCACCUAUCAGUCAUUGCCAAAGUCUCCCCGUCUCCCAUCUGGCAGCAACUCUCCUUCAGCAACAUGCAACCUGCCCAGUGACUACAAAUAUGCCCAUGACCGGCUCAGCCACUUCCGCAUGUCCACUGAUGAACGCAUGGCCACUAAGGAGGGAAUGGUGUGGCAGCUGUAUGAGUGGCAGCAGCGGCAGCAGUUCCGCCAUGGCAGCCCCACAGCUCCUAUCUACACUGGCCCUAACUUUGCAGACUCUCAGUCUUUUAGAGUUACCGUGGAGAUGCCUCGUUCCAUCUCUGUGCCCCCGUCCCCUUGUGAAGUCCCACCGUCAGUCCCCUCCUUCAAACCCCUGUCCCCUCGCAGGCCACACACGCCUUCAGACAGACGGACAGUCAGGCCCCUGGAUGAAAUGGUACCUGGGGACAGCACAAGAUCCAGCUCCCCCGGCCAUAUUUGUGCCCAUCUUUCUCAGACCGCCCAAAUAGAGAGAAGGUCCAUGCCAGCCAUGGGCUACAUCACACACACUGUCAGUGCGCCCAGCUUGCACGGCAAAACGCCAGAGGAGCUGACUCUGCUCCUCAUUCAGCUUCGGAGGCACCAGGCCAAGAUGGCUGGUGUGCAUAGCCCCAGUGAUGCGUUCGCACACCUGCAGCACCACCAGCACAACGGCCUUCUAGGCCCCAGCAUGCAGGCUGAUGAUACUUACAUACAACUGAAGAAGGACCUGGAGUAUCUAGAUCUGAAGGUGGGCCCCAACAAAGUUACUGGACGUGAAAGCCUAAAAAAAGAAUCAUCAAGGCCUGUGAAAAUAGCAGAAAGCGAUGCUGAUGUGAAAUUAAGCCGACUGUGUGAACAAGACAAGAUUCUGCAGGAGCUAGAGGCCACAAUACGCACUUUGAAGGAAGACAAGGACAAGCUGGAGUCUGUGCUGGAUGUUUCCCACCAGCAGAUGGAGCAGUACAGAGAUCAGCCAGCCCAUGCUGAGAAGAUCGCCUACCAGCAAAAAUUACUACAGGAGGAUGUGGUGCACAUCAGGGCUGAAAUAUCCCAAGUGUCCACAGAGAUGGAGAACGCAUGGAAUGAGUACAACAGGCUGGAGAGAGACGUGGACUGGCUGAAGUCAGCCCUGCAGGGACAGAUGAACCGCAGUGAUCUCUCUCAGCAAGAGAAAAUCCAGAUCAGGAAAGAGUUGUGGAGGAUUGAGGAUGUUAUCGCAGGCCUCAGCAGCAGUAAAGCCAACUACAAAGUCACUAUCUCCUCUGUGACCAACCCAGAGAGGAAAUUUGUGCCUUCAGUGUCGGUGUCAUCAGUGCCUUCUGUGCCUGGAAGUCCAUCUGCUAUGGAGAUGAGAUUGUCCCAGCAGCAGCAGAGCAGCCCCCACCUCAGCCCCAGUAGCCACCACCCCACAACCGCCACCCUUUCCCCCAGCCUCAGCCAGCAGCACCACUCUACAACCAUCACCACUGGGCCUAAAUGGGGUGAGGAAGACGUGCCUCCCAGACCUCCUCUACCUCAGCUUUACAGUCCUGAUGAGCAUCCCCCUGCUGUUCCCCCGCUGCCCAGGGAGACAACGGUCAUCAGACACACCUCUGUACGUGGCCUCAAACGACAGUCAGAUGAACGCAAGAGGGACAGAGAGAUAGGCCAGUACACUAAUGGAGACAGUAAGGUGGAACUCAGGCCUUUCCUGAGCGAUCCUGAGCUUAUGGGUGCUGGAGACGGCUCCAGCCACAUCAGUGUAGCAGCAUCAGGACAUGACGGAGGUUACCAGACAUUACCUAGCCGAGGAGUGGCUGGCUCCUCGCUUAGACUGAAUCAGUCUUCGAGCAUUUCCUCUUAUGUGACCCUCCGAAGAGCAGUUUCUGCUGCUGGCAUGAAGGAGAGACCAAAAAGUGCCUUGGAGCGCCUGUAUUCUGCGGACCCGGUGCAGCAGCAGCAGAGUGGGAAGAUGAGUGCUGAUGAGCAGCUUGAGAGGAUGAAGAGGCACCAGAAGGCUCUCGUCCGACAGCGCAAGCGUACCCUGAGCCACGGAGACCGCCAUGCCUCUUCAUCAUCGCGCCCCUCAUCCUCAUCCUCACGCCCGCUUUCAGCAGACUUGGGAUCAUGGAAGAGAGAGCAGGAGUUUGACCUGCAGUUGCUCGAGAGGGCUGUCCAGGGGGAGGAGGCUCAGGGAGUUAGGAGCGUCCAGGGGGAGGAAAGGCCACCCGAGCACAAAGAGAGACCCCGCUCGCACUCUGACGAAUGGCUGACCUUCCGCUCCGCAGCUACAACCCCUCCCGCCCAUGAGAUCGACCUUGAACCACUAGAAUAUGACCUGGAUCUAAACAAAGAGCUGUCCAAGCCUCAAAAGGUGUUGAUCCCAGAGCGAUACGUUGAUUCAGAGCCUGAGGAGGCCCUCAGUCCUCAGGAGGUGGAGGAUCGUCAUCGUAAGGUGGAACGCAUCAAGAGCAUCUUAGCGAAAUCCAGUGUGCAAAACCUAACACCGACAGUGUCUGUGGACAAGCCGGAGGCGGGGCUGGUGGCACUUGACUCGGCUCUGCAGGAGCAGGAAAGGAUCAUCACCAUGUCCUACGCUCUGGCCUCGGAGGCCUCCCUCAAAAGCAAACUGGUCGCAGUUCCACCACAGGCCCCUCCUCCUCCUCCACCCCCUCCUCCUCCACCUCCUCCUCUCCCUCCUGUAUCUCUGGCGCCUCCCUCUCCUCUAAGCAACGGAAUUCACUACACGUUUGUCUAAUCCGAGAAAUAAACUCAAGCAAUUUCUGGACACUGAGGUGCUAUUUCACAAUGACAACAAACAGCUGGAUUCUACAAGAAGAGAGGAUUUUGUUUUAUUCUGGACACCUUUCUAUACAGCAGUAGAGGAACUGUAGUAAACAUUUAACAUGCUCUCUGAGGCUCACGCAGCAUUGACUCGUUAAAGCGUUUCUAGUUGCUGAAAGCGACUUUCCCGAAGAAAACAGAAGACUUUGCUUUGGGAGCUGCUGUGCUUAUUAACUAUGGAGGAACUGUCUAACAAAUGUUAAUCUCAUUAUAAUAAAAAAAAAAUAUUUUCUACACAUUAUUGCACUUUGAAUUGUACAUUGUAUCAUGGUGAAAAAUUGAAACUAAUAUUUUCAAGGUAUGACUGAAUUGCUUUUACUUGCAGUGUGAUCUCAACUUGGGACAUUUAUGUUUGUUUUUUCAGGUACAGAAUGUUAAAAACAAGAGGUACUAAAUGUGUCAUGAUGGUAGUAUUUUUGUCAAAACUCAGAUAAUAUUCUUACACCAAACCACUUGAAAUAUCAUGUGUACGUAUGUAUCUACUGUAGCACUGCCAGUCUCCUUUUAGCUUGCCAAAAUGAGUUUUAUUUUUGCUUACAUCUGGUUGAAAAUAACCUUUAACAUAUUUUCUGUGUGACUGGGGAAGGUUGCACAAUGGAAAUUUAUAAAAAUGUGAAUAUUAAAUAUAUUAACACAAUGUUUUGUUCAUCACAUAUGUAUUUCUUUAUUUUACCAUAUACAGUAAACUCAGCUAUCCCACUACUCGAAAAACGAAGUAAUCAAUGACCUUUUGUCCUUCUAUACCAGUGAUAAAAAGUUGCCUGAAUACAGCUUAUACGUCCCUAUAAUUGACUUGAUCAAGUCA